CAAACCCAUGAUUAUUUAAGAUGCCGGAUGUCACUGUUUUCGGAUAGAAUUUCAGAUGCAUGUCUAAUGAACAAUAUCUAGAACAUUAACUUAUUUAAGAAAGAUGCCGCUUUGGUUCAACAUUGAUCAUCGGUAUCUGGUUUUGGGGGCUUUUGGGGUCACAGCGGGCAUUGCUGUCUAUUCAACAUAUCAGUUAAAAUGUGAACGAAAACGUCGAAAGCAAUCCAAUGUGUACGAAUCACAGAAAUUGGUCAACGAAUACCUGGUUUUCCAUUACGGGUCGCCUUCAGAGGUUUUAAGAUACGAGUUUGGACCAAAGGACUCUCUUGAUUUUCCAAGGCGGUGUGCAGAACUUUGCUUCAAGCAUUAUAAACCAAGUAGUUCAGUCCCAAGCAGGGCAUUUGACAUUGGGUGUGCAGUUGGUCGCUCUUCCUUCGAGCUCACACAGAAGUUUGAUGAAGUGGUGGGCCUGGACUACAGCCAUGCCUUUGUAGACAUGUGCAACACACUCAAGGUCAAGGGGCAGAUGGAGUACUUUGUUCAGGAUGAGGGUGAUCUUUUCACGCAUCUUACCGCUAAAGUUCCAGCUAAUUUGGCGAGGAGUAAAACCUCCUUUAUACAAGGAGAUGCCUGCAAUCUGCCAACAAACCUUGGUACAUUCGGAUGCGUGCUAGCUGCCAAUCUGAUCUGUCGCCUUCAUUUGCCCUUCAACUUCCUUGACCGUAUGGCUGGUCUGGUUGCGCCUGGGGGCAUUCUUGUCAUCACAUCGCCAUACACAUGGAUGGAGCAGUUCACUGACAAGAGCACUUGGCUUGGAGGGUACCAAAAUGAAGCUGGGAAUGAAGUGACAGGCUUUGACACGCUCAAGAAGUCUCUUGGUGGGGACUUUUAUAUUGUAGAAGACAUUGAAAUGCCGUUCUUUAUUCGUGAGACUGCUCACAAGAAUCAGUGGUCUGUAGCCCAUGCUACGGUUUGGAAGAGGAAGUCUUAACUGUAUUGUAACCUUGGCAUUAGUUUAGUUUGUCGGCUCAAACUGAAAGGCAGUUAAUAUUGCAUAUUCAUGUAUUACUAUCAGCUUCUCUGUGUUACUAUUUCUAUUUAUUGUACUUGUCUUGUUAUAAUUUGCCCAUGAAAGUCUGUUUACAGGCAGUUUUCUUAUACGUUUAUGUUUCAUACUUAUUUUUAAUACAUGUUACUUAUUGUAUUUAAUUAUUUAAAUUUUAAAUGAAACCUGCUGCUGCUAAGGCAUGUCUUUAUUGAUUAAAAUAUAUAUCUCCCUUAAUUCGAUAAAGUACAUGUAUAUUCUAAGUAAAAUGGGAUACCUUAUAUUAAAUACUUUUGUUAAAUUGAGCACAUUUCUAAGAGAACAGUUUUCAAAAAGAAUAUUCAUAAACUCUUGCAGAGAUUGACCUGAUUAUUGGUGUUUGAGUAUACCUACUUGACUUACAGAUCUUUUUUUAGUUCCGUUUCGGUCCAUGGAUUUUUGGUCCAUGGAUUUUUUUUACAAAGUUACAGGCCAUGGACUUAAACAUGUUCUGUAAGAUAACUGUUGUGUGGCUUCAAAGUGCAUCAGGGGUACUGUGUUUCACAAACACAGCUCUUGUUUAUGAUGAUUAACUUCUUACACAUGACAAUUAAUCAUACAAAAGAACUAGUAAAAGUGUUUUCAGAUUCAAGUAUUAUUUCAAUAAUAUAAUUAUGUUUCUCGCCUAAUGCAUCGUUUUUCUUCAUGCUCGUGGAACGACUUACAAUAACCUUAGUUUAGCUUCCAGGUCAAUCCACAUAUUACUGUGUAUAUUAUUCAUGUAUAUGCAUUCCAAAAUAAAUAUGUUUAAAUCAA